AUGCCGUCCUCGAUUGCCAUCACGGUGCCCUCAAAGAGCACGCUGGAUGUCUUCUGUUCAACCAACAAGGUUUCGCCGGCAUCAAUAGUAAAGCUAGCGUUUGCAACAGUGGUUCAUCGAUACUUCGAUCUUCCCGAGUUCACCUGCGCCGAAGUUCUUUCAAAAGACCAUGAUGACCACACACGCGACACAAUAAUCAGGAGCCGGCAGGUGCAAUACGUCCCAGAGCUCGCCUCUACCACCUCAAUCCGCGCGGCUUUCUCUCUCAGAGAGACAGACCUGCCGUCCGACAAUGACUUGGCGCCGCUCCUGGUCAAUCUUACUCUCGCUGCAACGCCAAACGGCGGACUGCUCGCCAAUAAGCCCACAGCAAGCCUCGUCCUCACGAAAAUUGUUUUCACUCCAAUGGAGGCAUUAUGUUCUAGCCUUGCUGCACAGAAAAACGGCCAAGGCCUUGUUGUAUGCUUUGACGAAGUGUCACUGUCGGCACAUAUGCUCUACAAUAUCGAUCAAGUCUCUGAAUUUAUGGCCACAGGGUUCGCGGACGCCUUUUCUGCAUCUCUUCAAUGCAUAUCCUCCAUCCCAAUCGAUACGGUCAUUGCAGACUUGGAUAUCUGCGGAGCGCAAAGCCGAGCAACUAUAUCCAAGUGGAACCAGCAUUCCACAAGUGUUCACAAUAAACUGCUCCAUGACUUGGUAGGACAGGGUUUCAUCCACAAGCCUGAUGCAAUAGCCAUUCUAUCCUGGGAUGGGCAAAUGUCGUAUUCGGAGCUGGAUAAGCGCUCUUCUGCCCUUGCAGCAUAUCUCAUGGACACGUAUGAUUUGAAGCUGGGUAAAAAAGUGGCUAUAUGCUUCGAGAAAUGUACCUGGGCCAUCGUUUCCAUGCUGGCAAUACUCAAAGCUGGAGCGGCAUAUUGCUGUCUCGAUCCGAGCCAUCCACGCGCCCGUCACGAUUCCAUUAUCCACACGCUCAAAGCACCGCUCGUACUCACGUCUACUCUAUACGAAGGCUGUUUUGAUGGGCACUGCGUGUUGGUCCCGACUGUGGAGCUUGUCCGCCAACAACGUCACUACCGGCCAACAAACGUCCAGCCGAGCGAUAUAUGCAUCGUGGCCUUCACUUCCGGUAGCACUGGAAAUCCCAAAGGCAUCGUGCAUACACACAACUCUCUGGUCACGGGUAUUAUUUCCAAUGCCACUCCGCAGUAUCUCGAUCGGGAAGGUGUUUCAACCUAUCAGUGGUCGAGUUUCACCUUCGAUGUCAGCAUGAUAGAGAUCUAUGCACCUUUGAUCUAUGGCGGACGGAUUUGUAUUCCCUCAGACGAAGAGCGCCUCAACAAUGUGGAGGAGAGCAUGAAUCGAAUGGCCGUCAACUGGGCCUACUUCACUCCAUCCUUUGCGCGCUUAUUCGCACAGUAUAACCUUCCCAGUCUGCAGACCUUGCUCAUGGGAGGCGAGGUCGUUACUUCCGAUGAUAUCAAUGCGUGGAACGAUCGCGUCAAGGUCAUUCAUUCAUAUGGACCGGCCGAGUCGGCUACUUUUUUCCUGGCCGAGUUCAAUGGUCCUUGCCCCAAAAUUGUACCUAUCGGACCAGCCCCUAACACAUAUGCUUGGAUCGUGGACCCUGACAAUCCUGAGCUUCUGUCGCCUCUAGGUGCAAUCGGAGAGAUGCUCUAUGAGGGCCCUGGUCUCCUGAAAGAAUAUCUCGGGGACCCCAAGAAGACGAAGGAAGUCUUAAUCGACGCCCCUUCGUGGAGGCGGAAUCUUGAUGCUCCGGCCUCGUUGUUCAAGCUCUACAAAAGCGGUGAUCUUGUGCGCUAUCUGCCUGAUGGUACAAUGAUGUAUAUUGGACGGAAAGACACGAUGGUCAAAGUGAGAGGACAGAAGCUCGAAGUCGAAGAAGUAGAAUCGGUCAUACGCAAAAGCCUAGGUCGAUCAAGGCAAUUGGCUGUCGACGUGGUCUCGUCGGUUGAGAAGGAUCAACAGGUUGAUGCAAAUAUCAAAUCGAGGCUUCCAAUAACUGGUGAUGUCGCCGUUGACUUGGUGGAAUUGCACGAUAGUGGACCCAGGCUGGUAGCGUUCCUAAAAUGCUCAGAGGAUCGAGAUUUGGGUGGAAACAACAACGGCGGAGGCUCUGGUACGCUUCAGUCGAGCUCUGUAUCGGAUGAGAAGUUGAGCAUACUGAUUGCCCAAAUCCGCUCUCGUCUCAACGAGACUCUGCCUGAAUAUAUGGUUCCUCGGAUAUACAUACCUCUCGCCACGCUUCCAAUCAAUUCGAAUGGAAAGGUCGACCGUAAGAAGCUCAAGGAGCAUGCUCGGAGCCUUUCGACAAGCGAGCUGUUCAAGUACACUGAAUCUGGUUCGAGCGAGGAAGUCCUGACCGAGAUACCCCAGGAUGAUACAGUCGCGCUCGAGGUCAGUGAGAUACUUGUCAAUGUCCUCCGCAGGCCAGAGUCAAAGGGAGAGAGUCCUCUAAAGGGAAAGAAUGCCACAUUGGAAAAUUUAGGCCUCGACUCGCUACGAACUGUUUCACUUGCAAGGUCAAUUAACGAUUUUUAUGGCCUCAACAUCCCAGUCAAGACUUUUAGGAGGGCCAACCUGAACGUUCGGGAUAUCGCCGAGAUUGUACGCAGCUGGGACCAGGUUGUCCCGCAAUCUGAAGAACAAGCCAGAGCGGCCAAUAUCUUGCAAGACAUCGAGGAGCUUGACAAAGAAAUGGCAGAAGUGCAGCCCAACCAACACGUCCUGCCAAAGAUAAGGUUGCAAACAGGUAAAAGUGUGGUAUUCUUGACAGGGGCGACGGGUUUCCUUGGCAGCCAAAUCCUUCGACAGCUGCUGGCUCUUGCCAGCGUAUCGAAAGUGAUCGUGCUAGUUCGGGCGAGAGAUGCCAGUGUCGGCUUUCAACGGAUCGUGGCAGCCGGCACCACCGCUAGAUGGUGGUCACCUGCGCUGGCAAGCCGUGUUGAAGUCUGGCCAGGAGACCUUGCACAGCCGCGGCUGGGUGUUUCCAUGGAUCAGUGGGCACGCCUCGAGGGCACAUGUGUCCAGGAGUCAGAAGGAGUCACCGCCAUCAUACAUAACGGAGCCGUUGUGAACUGGUCCUCGAGCUAUGAGCGACUGCGUGUGACGAACGUCCUCAGCACUAUGCAACUCUUGAAGCUCGCGUUGGUGGGAUCUGGACCCCUGCAACACUUCACCUACAUCUCGGGCGGCGAUAUGCACCUUUCAGAGAUCGCAGUAAGAGACGACUCCUCUCAUCUCUCAUCCGCAAACGGCUAUUCGCAAUCCAAAUUUGCAUCUGGUGUUCUAGUUGAUCGGUGCAUGGCUCGGGCUCCCGCUGGCCAGCGUAUCAACACGGUCAAGCCCGGCAUUAUCAUCGGAACAGCGACCGAAGGUAUCGCUAACACAGAUGACUUCAUCUGGCGGCUAGUCGCAGGGGCAUGUGAAGCCGGGGCCUUCGUUGAUGGCGAGCAGGACGCGAUAGUUUCCCUCGCGGGGGCAGAUCAUGUCGCGCAACGCAUCAUCCAUGCGUGCCUCGGUAGCCAAUGCGAGCGCGAUAGCGCACCCGAGGCUCUGAAAAUGACUGAAGGAAUCCCCGUGCGCGAAUUCUGGAGGGUAGUCUCGGAGGGUACUGGACUGAAGCUGCGCGCGAUAGACUCCGACGAGUGGCUCCGGGUGGUGAACGCGAAUGUGUCCCGGCAAGGGUCUUCACAUCUCCUCUGGCCUGUCAUGGAAUGGGUGGAACAGCGCAAAGGAAGAAUCGGCGAUGCCCGUCUGACGAUGUGUAACGCAAGCAGCUGCAGUGGUCACUGUCUCGAUCCGGGUUAUAUCGCAGCAUGA